UUUAUUUUUUUAUUGAGCUGUUAUUGACUGAUUUAGCAUUUUAAGCAGAGCCAUAAUGAAUCUGCACCUGGACCAAUUUUCUAGGUUUUUCUGAAUGCUUUUAAGUUUGAGUUUGAUUGCCUUGCUCUGAUGCUAUUUAGGCUGCAGUCACACCUAAUCUGCCACUGCUUCUUUCUACAAAAGAGCUUGCAGCUUUGCAUUUAAUUCCAUUUGCAGAUGUUGCAUCCAACAUCCAGGUUAUAACCUCCAACACGUUUGUCACUCAAACCAAAUUUGUCCAAGAAAGUUCAUUGUUGAGCAUGGAAACAGUAGUUUGACAUCAAAUGACAACUGAGAAAACUCCAUCUGCUGAUGGGAUGAAGACUGUGAGAUACAAUUGAAAGCUCCAGAAAAAGCUAAAAAUUGGAACCUGAGUCAGCAUUAUCACACAUGCUAGUGGUUCCCAACCUUUUGGCUUGUGACCCCCAACAAGCAAAACCCCUUGGCCUUCGUGUGGACAUGAGUUGCGAGCAGUUUAACCAAAGAGUGUUUUAAAAAACAAUAAGUGUUCGUUCUAAUUGGGUGCUCAACUUCAAGAUACAAAUCAGUAAAAAUACAAAACAGCAAAAAAUGUGAGAAAAAAUAAAAUACUUUUUGUGUAAAUAAAUUUCUUUUCCCUGUCCUUUUAAUUAACUGAUUCAUAUUCUGAUUCAUCUCAGGACCCCUUACGGGACCCCAACCCCCAACUUGGCCUGGGAACCAUUGACAUUGACAGCCUCUCUUCUCUUAAGUACCACAAUGCUGUAUAGUUUUUUCCUUUCAGGCAGAAUUUUCUGCACAAUACUGGAGCAUAAAGCGCACAAACUUGAUGGGCCGUGCUCCGUAGCAGCCACAGAAAAAGCACUGAUGGAUUAGCUGUAAUAGCAGCCUCAUGCCAGUAAACGCCUCAAAACCUGCACCUGCAAACCCCACCGGGAUGGCACUCUGGGCAGACAAAAAAAAAAAUCCUCCCAUUUGUUUGGAUUUCAAACAUUGUUUUGAUUCAGGCAAAAAAAACACAACUGAAAAGAGACUAAAUUUGAGCUUGCUCGUAACACUCAGCUUACUUUAUGAUAUUUGUUUUGGCUAGCUUAAUUAACAGACCCUCCUGAUUGUUAUUGUCAAUCGGUCAGCUGACUCGAUGAAAACGGAACCCCAGCUCCCACUGUUCUAGAAUUCUCUCUUAUAUUUGAUCCAUAGUAAUAUUUUCUCUUUCUAGAACUGCUCCAGAACAGGAAGCGAGAGAAGAGAGAGUGUUCGUAGAGAGAUUGGGCAUCGCCUCGCAGACAGCCAUUAAACGCUGGUUUCAUUCACUGUCACAUUUAAAUCCAUGGGAUGGUGUGAACGGAUUGGAUGAAAGCAGCCAGUAAAGAUUAAAAAAAAAAGAGGAGGAGAAAGACAGAGGAAAGAAAAGACGUAGAGUUAGACAUGAUAGAAUGGCAAUAAGUCAGAGAAACAGUAACAGAAUGAGAAUAUAUAAUGUUACCGAAACCUACAACUGCAUUACGUAGCAAUUUCACUGAAUUUCUAGAUUUGCACUGUCUGCCCAUGGUCUGUGUUUGUUGUGUUGAAGAAAAACCUUAGAGAAGAUGAUUAAGAUGAUGCAGAAGAAGAAGAUGUAUAUUUUGGGGUCCAACACAGCGGUGUGUGUGGGGGGGGGGUUGAAUGUAGAGAGGCUUACUACUGUACGUAACAUUACAGGGGGGUGUAGAAUGGAGAAAAAAAACGAUGUGCAUAAAAAUGAAACUUCACUUUGAGAAAACACUCUGGGAGUCUGUGCUGGUUUUUUUGUGUCACAUCUUUUGUCUCUUCAGUAAUAUUAAUUCCACUUCCUUUUAUUGAUACUUUGAUCAACAGGCACAGUGUGCGUUACUUAAAGCUGCACCAAUUUAUAUUCCUGUAUAGACAGUAAUGUGACCAGUCGGUUGUGUAGUUACGAACUUACUUGGCAUUGUCUACGCGUUUAGCUUAUUGUGUUUGUUUUGGCCCACAUCUGCAUUUCCUGUCUCAGGCAGGCAGGUUUUUUGUUAGCGUAAAAGCUCUCAGAAAUCCACAGUACACUACCUGCCUACAUGUAGCAUUAAACAGCAUGUAAAGUUAGCACCUGGCUAGUGGAACAGUUAAAUAGCCAGAUAUUUCCCUCAGGAGUUGGUGGAGACCAAAGCAGAGCUAAAGACGAGUAAGUAUUGCAUUUAUAAUGGUUACAUUCAUCUGGCAACAAAACACAACUUCAGUUGAAUGCUAAUGUUUCUUUGUGUCUGCUAAAUGUGUAAAUUAAUCAACUGUUAACUAAUUCAUAGCCAUACCAACUUUGUAAGGUGAUAUGUCAAUGUUUUUGUUUUGUUUUUUUUACAUUUUUGCUGACCAUUUUCAAGUGCAGGCUGCACAGUUUGGAUGUACCAGAGUCAACCAUUGAUUUCUAUCCAUUUCCAUAUGGUGUCAGAAUCAAUUAGACACUUGAAACUUGCUUGAGUUUCUUAGUCCAUUGCAAAUCAAAUCAAAGAAAUCUGCAAAAAGAAAAUGCAUCAGAGUUACCUAAUAUUCCAUUGCAUUAGGAUGGAACAAUGAAUGGAAACCAAUGGCUGCCCGGAACAGUAGCAAAAAUACAGCCACAAAUCUAAAGCAGCAUGGUUUGCAAAAUGGUUAGCUGUGAUGUAAGGUGUAGGUACGUUUAGUAAAUGGGCUAACACAUGCAAAACACUGGUAUGGUGUGGAUCUAACAAAAAUGUCCAAUCCCUUAACUUUGAAAUUACUCAGAUUUUAAAACGUUCAGUCCUUUGUAUUCAUGUUACCAAUCCUUUGUCGCAGUAAGUGUGGAGUUGAGUACUGCCAAUCCUCCUAUCACUGAGAGUAGACCAAAGUUGGAUAAACGAGUGCACACACACUCACACAGAGAGAUACAGGCUGAGGUUAAGAAAACAUGGGCAAGCAUCAGUAUUUUCCAGGGAGUCUCCAUUAUUUCUGGCUUGGGGUCUCUAAUGGUAUUUCAUUGUAAUUGCUAUGAUGUCAGAGUGUCCGUCCGCCCUAAUGGCCUUCUAAAAACAACAAGGACAGAUUGGUUCCAUUCACUGGUUGUUGUCUGGGCAGAGAGACACCGGAGUCCAGAAGCUCAAAUCUCUGCUGGAUCUUCAGCUGAAAAGCAUGCAUCUUCAUCCCCUGUCCUUCGUUUUCCUCCUCCUCCUGGUUGCCGGGGCAGCCAAGGUGUGCGUUGCCGUGACAACCGCACUGCAUGGUUUCCGAGGCUGCGCGGUGCGAGAAUUCUCUUUUGUGGCCCAGAAGCCUGGCUGCAAGGGACUGCACAUCACCACAGAGGCCUGCUGGGGGCGUUGUCAAACCUGGGAGAAACCUGUGCCAGAUCCCCCCUACAUCCAGCGACACCACCGCGUGUGUACGUACAGUCGUACCCGCCACAUGACCGCCCGCCUGCCGGGCUGCCAGCCCAACGUCUCCCCUCUCUACCACUACCCCAUGGCUCUGCAAUGCCACUGUGCUGUCUGCUCCACACAGGACACAGAGUGUGAGACCUUCUAAUGGGCAGGACACGCUUUCAGCAAACAAUGUUACUAACAGUAUUAUUGAUAUGAAUGACUCUGAAUAAAAUGAUGAAAUUAA